UUAAGUACAGCAAACAGUGAAAGGCUCAGCAGUCAGCAGAGCAGAUGCAGUUAUCCCAAAUCGAAAUUGAGCCACGGGACAGGCCGAGUGACUGAUAGUGAGUCCGAAAGAGAGUGGAGGGAGAGAGAGAGAGAGAGAGAUCUCCCUUCUUCUUCCUCCUUUCGCUCUCAGAUCUUUUUAUCUGUAAUGGCCGAUGAACCUUCCGUAACUCGCUGGAGCUUUCAGGAUUUCAAAACCAACUAUGAUGCCAAGUUCGGAAGAAAGAAAGCACCAGAUUCUGAAAACGGCGCAGCUGAUCGAUCAGUCCCCAACGGGGAUUCUUCUUGCAUUGCUGCUAACGGUAACGGCCACGUGAAGAACUCAUCUGACAUGGCCAUUUAUGAGCAGUUUAGAAACCUGCAGAACGGGAGCUCAGGUCUCCCCAAUGGAACUUUAUCCAAUGGAGUCAAUGAAGUGCCGCAGAAGUCCUUGCUCCCUGCUUUCGAUUCUGCUGAAACACGCUCUUUAGCUGAGGGUUUGUGCAGGGAUAUUAUUCGUGGGAGUCCAGAUGUCAAGUGGGAAAAUAUCAAGGGGUUAGAGAAUGCGAAACGCUUACUGAAAGAAGCAGUGGUCAUGCCAAUAAAGUAUCCCAAGUAUUUUACAGGUCUUUUAUCACCAUGGAAAGGCAUUCUUCUUUUUGGUCCUCCUGGGACGGGGAAGACAAUGCUUGCAAAGGCAGUUGCUACGGAGUGCAAAACCACAUUUUUCAAUAUCUCCGCAUCUUCUGUUGUUAGCAAGUGGCGUGGGGACUCAGAGAAGCUAAUAAAGGUCUUAUUUGAGCUUGCUAGACACCAUGCACCAUCAACUAUAUUCAUUGAUGAGAUUGAUGCCAUUAUUAGCCAACGUGGUGAAGGUCGGAGUGAGCAUGAAGCAAGCAGGCGUUUGAAGACUGAGUUGCUCAUUCAGGUAAAUUCGUCCAAACACCACAUACUCAAAAAGUCAAUUAUAUUUAGAUUGCAGAUGGAUGGAUUGAUGCGAACAAAUGAGCUCGUAUUUGUUCUGGCAGCAACGAAUCUCCCGUGGGAAUUAGAUGCAGCCAUGUUACGCCGCCUUGAGAAGCGUAUCCUCGUACCUCUUCCCGAGCCAGAAGCAAGAAGAGCCAUGUUUGAAGAACUCCUACCAUCCAGAAGUGACGAGGCAGAGCUUCCCUACGACGUUUUGGUGGAGAGGACAGAAGGUUAUUCAGGUUCUGAUAUUCGUUUGGUUUGCAAGGAAGCUGCUAUGCAGCCACUAAGGCGUGUCAUGGCUAUCCUUGAAAACAAGGAGGAAAUCGUGCCUGAGGAUGAGCUGCCGCAAGUUGGGCCAAUAUAUGGUGAAGAUGUAGAUACUGCUUUGAAGAACACAAGGCCGUCUGCACAUCUUCACGCCCACCGGUAUGAGAAGUUCAAUGCAGACUACGGGAGUCAAAUUCUCCACUGAGGGCAAGUAUGGUUUUAACCUUACAUAUUUAUCUUGUGAAUUAGUGUGGCUGUGUGUGUGGGUACGUAGGUGUCCAGAUGAUUUGCCCGUUGAUUUGUGUUUCUGAAACUAUGUUCUUAAUCAGCAUUCAAGUCGAGCUCUUCAACUGAUUCUAAUUUCAAAAUAAAGGUUUGGUGCUAUGGUGCAGAUCUCUUCCCUUUGGGUCGAAGGAUAACAGUUUUACAAGGGAUCUAUUGUUGUUUUCCCCCCCAAAGUCAGGGGUAAAGAAUUCAGUCAUACAGAAGCAAAAAGAAGAGCACGGGAAUCGACCAAUAGUCGAACUCUCGAUGAGAGGGCUUUUUGUGCCACAUGAUGGGCGGCCCUAUUAAGUUGACGAGACACAAAGCAGAACUGGAUCCAAUUGAAUUGGGACGCCAAGUGACGUGCGUCUUCUAGCACUGCUCCCCCUCGAUCAUGAGCGAAGUCUCCGUCCACCAUUCGCCGUAUUAAUUGUUGCGUCCCCAUGAAAUUUGACAAAAACAAAAUCAUGGGUCAGGCACCAUUGAAGGGCAUCUCUUAAUGCUAAAUAUUCCAUAACAAAUGCAUCAUGGAUCCCUUCGUACCAUUUACCAAACGCAAAGAGGACAUUACCUGAUGUAUGGAAGCCUACGAAGCCAAUGCUUCCGCCUCG